AUGGCACAAAGAUGUCGAGGCUUACCAUUGGCUGCAAGUGUUCUCGGUGGCAUGUUGCGCAACAAGGGAGCAGAUGAGUGGCAAACUUUAGAGCUAGGGCUUCGAAGUUUAGGCAGAGAUGAAAAUGUUGAUAUUGCUAAAAUUAUGAAAUUAAGCUUUGAUCAUCUUCCAAAUCCAUCUCUUAAAAAAUGUUUUGCGUAUUGUUCAAUUUUUCCGAAGGAUUUUCAAAUGGAAAGGAAUCGGCUAAUCCAACUUUGGGCGGCAGAAGGAUUUCUUCAUUCAAAUCCAGGAAACAAUAUGUGCAUGGAGGAUGUUGGUAAUAUGCAUUUUACCAUUUUGUUGGAUAGUAACUUGUUUCAAGAUGCAGAGAAUGAUGGUUAUGGGAAUGUUUUGAAUUGCAAAAUGCAUGAUCUUGUGCAUGAUAUCUCCAUUUCCAAAUUUAAAACCACAAGUUUGAAAGAAUCAAACCAUGACCAGACUUUUCCCAUUCGGUAUCUUGCAAUGGAGAGAAGUGGUGGAGAAGCAAGACCAUUUCCAUUGAACGAGAAUUUCAAGUACAUAACAACAUUAUUUUUAUUGGAAAAUAUAUCAACUAAUGAUCGUUUGAUCUCAUUUUUGGCUUGUUUGCGAGUGCUAAACUUAGUUUCAUCAGAUGCCAAGGAGCUUCCUAAAUCAAUUGAGGUAGGGCGACAAAUUGGACAAUUGAGAAGUUUAAAGAAUCUCAGUGGAAGCUUUGAGAUACGGAAUCUUGAAUUGGUGAGAAAUAAGGAAGAAGCCAAGUUUGCAAAUCUGAUCAGGAAGCCAAACAUUGAUGAGUUGAGAUUAUUAUGGAAUGAAUUAGAUAAUCCGAGAGAGAAUGACAGCGAAUACAAUCAAGUGUUGGAAUGCUUGCAACCCCACCGAAAUUUGAAAGGUUUGAUAAUUGAAAGAUUUUUUGGUGAUCAACUAUGGACAUGGAUUGGAAAACUUGAGAAAUUGGUGAAGUAUGAAUUGCUAAAUUGCAAAAACUGCAAAGAAUUACCAACUCUUGGACACAUGCCCUUCCUUAGAUCUCUUCACUUGGAAGGACUUGAUGGCAUAACAAGCAUAGGGCCAUCUUUUUAUAGCGGAUCAGCCGUGCAUGGUGACAGUAGCAAUCAAAGACCUCUAAAAUUAUUUCCAGCACUGGAACAUCUCAUUCUAAAGAAUAUGUCAAGUUUGAGUGAAUGGACAAAAGCAGUAGUUCAUGACAGAAAAAUGGUGGUUUUUCCUAUCCUUGAGACAAUGGAGAUUGAUAAUUGUCCCCAAUUAGACAUUGUUCCAAAUCAUUUUCCACGUCUUAAGAAAUUAGACUUCAUGCGCAUUGGCCAUGGAUCAACAGUACUGUCAUAUAUGUGCAACAGAGUCAGCACUCUCAUUAGUCUUUUGAUUGAGAAUGUAAAUGAACUCACUGAGCUACCAGAUGUGUUAUUCGAAACAAUUCAAAUCUUGCAGAUCUUGUGUUGCGCGGUUGUGGUGAUUUGA